AUGGAUUCGACAGACCCGCAGGCAAUGUCUGCAGCUUCCCGGCCUAUCAAGGCGAGGAAAAGGCCUCAGUCCAGAGCCUCGACAAGUUCUAUUCACAGCAUCACAACACAGCCGAAUCUUGAACAGGCCUUUGACGCCCAGGAUGUUUACUCUGCCCAAUGGCUCGCCAACGCUCCCGGUCAGCAUGUGCCCGCCAAUCAACAGAUGACCCCCGAGGACAUGAUUCUUCAUGCUGCUUCUCAUCUGCAGACAUCCAGGGAGUUUUCCAUGGACUCAACAAUGACGCAUUCCGCUUCCUUCCACCAGCAUCCGGGCCUCAGCCGCCAAUUGUCAACCGACAACUAUAGUGCCAACAACAGCUUUGCCGACGACAGUCAGAUGCUGGACCGGGAGAUGAAUGAGGAUGGUGAUUCGAUCGCUGGCGGCCCCGUCGCGGCCAAGCCUUCAAGAUCAAGUGCCAACAAUGAAUUGGAAAUGCGCCAACUGUUCUCGUCGAAUAAGCACCGAAGCUUAGGCGACGUUGCUGAAGAGCUUCACGGAAAUGAGCGAGGCCCCAACUCGGAACGCACCCGCCAAGUUUUUGCUAUGCUCUGGAUCAACCAGGUUUGCUCAAAGGGCAAAGGCUCCGUCCCCCGAGGCAGAGUCUAUGCAAACUAUGCAUCAAGGUGUGCCACAGAACGUAUCACCGUUCUCAACCCAGCCAGCUUCGGCAAGCUUGUGCGAGUUCUGUUCCCGGGGCUCAAGACCAGGCGGCUAGGCGUUCGCGGCGAAUCUAAAUAUCAUUAUGUCAAUUUCUCCCUGAUGGAGGAACAGCCGGAUGUGAGGGAAGCGCCGGCUCAUCCCCAAGUGCCCUUGACAGAGAGCACUAGCUUUUCGCAAAGCUUCAAUACGCUACCCAACGCGUCAACCAGGCGGCCGGAGAAGGACUCCUUUUCUGCUCCCAGCAACGGACAAGCGGCUGAAGACCCUGCCGCUCGUUUGGGCGAGAUUACUUAUAGCCUGUACAACCAGCCAGACGUUGCCACUGUCGACCAGUUGAACUCGACAACCACGAAGACGACACAACAGCUGCGCUUCGCCCCAGACUCGGAGGAGCCGUUCCAGCAAUCGGAUCCUCUCCUCCUUCCCGGCAUCGAGCCUUUCCUUCCCAGUGGUACCGACCCAGAUGCGGCCAAGUCGCUGACCGCGCUCUAUCGCUCUCAUUGCACCUCGCUCGUCGAGUGCAUUCGGUACUGCAAGGAGAAGACUUUCUUCCACCUUUUCACAUCGUUCCAGGGGACUCUCACCAUGCCUGUUCAGAAGUUGUUUGCCAACCCUGCUGUCGCGCCUUGGAUUGAGGAGUGUGAUUUUGUGCUUUACCAGCGCAUGAUGCGCAUUCUGUCGGGCCUGACGCUCCAGGUGGUGCCUAAGCCUGUCCUUGAUACCCUGCGCAAUGUUUCCGAGAGACUCGUCCCACACAUCCGAGAGUCGUUCCAGGGUCAGCCUCUCCACGUCGUUCGUGCCAAAGAGGCUCCCGCCACCAUCUUCGCAAGCCUGCUUGACCGCACUCUGCGUGUGAAUCUGACAGCACAUGCGGCAGCAAACAUGCUCUCCAACCCGGCUAAUCGAGAUCAGAUGUAUCUCGACUUUAUUCGCAUGGUUCGUGUGCGCAAAGUGGCCGAGUGCGUGCCGUCUCGCGCCAUGGAUGACGUCGUCAACCUACUCCUCACGGAGCUGCGUGAUCUUUUGGACCCAGUCAAUGUUCCUUGGGAGAUCGAAUGCCUCACUCUCCACGGCGACAUGGCUAUGCGGAAUGGCAGGCAGUCGCAACCAGACCUGCCAUCUGAUCCCAGCGCAGCGAAUGUGCUUGAUCGAUGGGUCAACUUCUUGCACUCUCUGCCGGGCCGUUUCCCGUACGCCUCUCAUUCAGACAUUGUGUGGGUUGUGCAACGGGUAGGAACCCAUAUCAUGCGGGAUCUCACCAUCGCCCAAGGUAAGAGCUUCGGGUCCUGGUGGGUGACCAAGUGCUGGGUCGACGAGAUGAUUUCGUUCCUGGCAGAGCAAGGUGGCUUUAUCACGCAAAAGGCGACGCAAGCGGCCCUCGACAUCGCCAAGAAACAGACGUCUAGCAAAGAGAUCAGCCAGCAAGGAUCGAGAUACAGCAGUGGCAGCGACGACUUCAACAUGAACAACGUCUCACAAUCGCAGCCGGACCGGGCGCCAUUUCCAUCGGCACCGGUCCCAAACAACCAGGACGUGUUGGGAAUGAACUCGGCUAGCCACGACGACAGCGGGAUUGGCAUACGUACGCCCGAGGAAGAUUUUCCUAUGGACAAGUUUGCCUUCUCGUCGGCAGAGGCGCAGGAUCUCAUGGUGGACGCGGAUCUGCACCACGAGGUCGCGGCGAUGUGA